CCACGUUUCUUGAGCAACAGUCUUCUUGGUAGCAUCGGGCACGAUCAGUUACUGGUAGGACGCGUCUCUCUUCUCAUCGAUGAUCGAAACCGUGAAACAAAUCACGAUCAUACUUUCUCGGCAUUCCUCGUUCAAGCGUGCUGAACUCGGCAGAAGGUCGCGGUCACGAGGUUUCUGAAUUUGUGAAACUAACAAUCUCGCAAGAUUUCGAUAUUUUUAAAGAAAAACUAAAUUAUUACACAGAGUUUCUGAUAAACAGAAAUUAUCUGUAUCGAGAGCCAACUCUAGCUUCUGAAAAUUACAUUAUCAACAAUUACAUCACCAUGACUAGUCUUAUCAAACUUGUCGUUAGCAAUUAUAAUGAAGUUCUAAAAAAUGUCAAAGAUCCAAUGGUAGAUACUUGGCCUUUAAUGGAAUCUCCAGGUCCUAUGUUAUGUAUUGUUGGCGCGUAUUUGCUAUUUGUUUUAAAAGUUGGUCCAAAAAUGAUGGAAAAAAGACCAGCUUUUGAGCUAAAUGCCGUUAUGAUUGGAUAUAACGCAUUUCAAGUACUUUUCAGUAUUUGGUUGACAACUUUGGCAUUGGACGUCGAUAUUAAAUACUUAUUGCCUGUUCAUGGAUAUGAUAAUCGUUUUUCACCUCAUUCACAAAACACGAACGUACAAAUGAAGAUAUCACGAGGCGCUUGGUGGUAUUUUUUCGCAAAAGUUAUCGAACUUCUGGACACGGUAUUUUUCGUGUUGAGAAAGAAGCAAAAUCAAAUUACUUUUCUUCAUGUUUUUCACCAUUCUACAACGGCCGUUUUUUCAUGGUGCUAUUUAAAAUUCCUUCCUGGUGAACAAGGCAUCGUUAUUGGUUUCUUAAACUCCACAGUCCAUAUCAUUAUGUACAGUUAUUAUCUCAUCGCAGCACUUGGGCCUAAAUACAGAAAAUAUAUCUGGUGGAAAAAAUAUAUGACUUGGAUUCAGUUGAUGCAGUUUGGUUUAAUGUUAGUUUACCUAGUAUUAACGUUGAUCAUGGAUUGUCGAACAUCAAAAGCUUUAACUUAUUUCUUCACAACAAUUGUAAUAAUUUUCAUAUAUCUAUUUAGUGACUUUUAUCGUCAGGCUUAUAAGAAGAAAGUUACAUAAUAAUAAAUGUUAAGUCUCGCAAAUAACCAUAAAUACAAAACAAUUUUUUUAAAUUCAUUUAUGUUGCGAAAACUUUAUAUAAAUAAUAAGAGUGUUGAGAUUAAUAAGAGUAAGACAGCGCGGAACGAAACAACUGUAGCCUACAAUGAUGCAGCAACUAUGUCAUUGAUUUUUACAAUG